UAGUCAACAGCUUCCUUGAUGAUCGCGAAGCUAAUAGCCAAAUCACACUCCUUGCCCAUUAACUUCCAUCAACAUGGUCAUGAUUCCUAUGAUCCUCACCAUAGCACUGUCCCAAACAAUACCCAGCCAGAAACCGAACCUGAUUCGGACUGAAUCCUUUCAGAUGGGUCAGACAACCGUCAGCUAUUGUCAUCAGAUAACUUCCCCAGAUGGAGUCACGCUCCUCAAGCCAAACUCUACCGAAGUCAAACCCGUCGCUGUUCAGUCAAACACACCAAUCAGCUUGACCCCAACCGGUUGUUCCCAGUACAAAUGUGACAUGCCUGUCCUCUUUCCUCCUCAAAUGUCUAACUGCCAGACAGUUGUUCAAACACUUUUGAACAACUCGACUGGAAGCUUCAUUGCUCCACUGAAUACCUGGGUUGUUGUCUCGGCUGGAGACUGUGCUGUCACAUUCCAAAACAAUGUGAUGGAACAUAAUCACUAUGUUCAGUCCACUUGGGCCAAGUUAGGUCUUGAAUCCGAAAAAAUACUGGCACACUGCUUGAUACCGAACCCUGCUUCCCAUGGUGGUCAGUGCAUGUUUGGUUCUUAUCUUGACUACAAUCUAGACAAUUUGGGUCUCGUUGUUUCGGGUUGGAGCGAUGAGCGCGACAUUGCCAAAUCCCUCUAGCCUAUCAUUGCUCUACUGAUCAUAUAUAUUCUGACUCAUCUUGACAGUUUUAAAUCUAUUAACUUUAGUGUUUUCCUUUGAUUCCCUACCACAAUACUUUGCUGUUUAUUCAAGUCAAAUUUUGAGAGGAGAAAAUAAUAAUUUGUGCCC